CAAACCUCCUUUGCUAAUCCAGAGUUCCCAAUUUUUUUUAUACUUUUUUCUAUCUUUUUUCUAGCUUGGCCGAUCUCUCGGUGACAGCGGAAGGCUUGUUGCUCUCUCUUGCUUUAGCGUGUGUUUCGUUUUAUUUCCCUUGCUCGUUUCCCCAUCCCCGUCGUAAAUAAUAAUAUAUAAGCCCAAGAUACCUAGGUACAUACCGUACUCCGAGAUACGAUAGCCAACAAAGUCCUCGGGCGGCCAGCUAAUAGCUAACGCUUUUGCUUGCGUGAAGCAUCGCCAACAGCUGCAGAGAACAGUUAACCACCUCCAUGACUGGCAUUGAUUGACUGCGAGUCACAGGCACACGGGAGGCCGCUCGGUUACGAAGGGUCCAUCAGCCUAGCAAAUAAUCUCCAAAACGGAGCCAAUCUAGCGGGUUAGGAACGAAUCCUCUCUUCCUGAUCACGAAUGCUCUGCACCUCAAGUCAUGCUCCAUCACUUCGUUUUCUUGUUGGUGGGCUGAGAACAAAUACGGCAAUCACCAGCAGGGAAACUCUGCCCGGGAACCUGUACUUGAACUCAGCCUGGAUACUCCGUACAUGAAUUUGCGUGUUAAUGAGCUUGUUGCGCUAAUAUCCUGUCUCGUGGAUAGAAGGAGUGAAAGGGAUGCCAUCAAGGUCCGAGGAAUCACUAUUUCGACUGGAUGAUAUUUUCAAGCGAGCUCCUCUUGCUUUUUGUCCUGAUCGCCGGAGAAUUAAUUCUUGGAUUUUAUUUAUUACGUUGAAAGAAGGUCACAAAUACACUUUUUCUCCUUCUCUGUUGCCGUGCUACCUGUGUCACUUUCAGUACUGUCUAUCUGACCUCUUGCUCUUCCUCCAAUUGCCAAUGAAAAUGAAGUCUUUAGACUCCUACCCUUCUCAUUAAGAGGCCCUCUCCUCUCCUCUCCUCUCACUCCAUAUAUAACCCUCAACCCGUCCAGCCCCAUCUAGCGAAGCUCUUGGAGAGCAUGCCCUUCGUCCCGGGCACCACAGCCCUUGUCGCUAUUGAAAAUGCCAAUGGCCGCAUCCUCACCAAUCGCACGGGCGCCAUUGAUUUCCCCAACCAGUUCAUACUCACAUGUCCCAGCAGCCCGCAACCGUUGCUCUACCAGCGCUUCCUCACCAUGCUCAACGCUGGCGACCAGCUUGAAGUUAACUUCAGCCUCCGUGAACCUACCACGACAGAAGAACACGACCCGGCCGGCGAGCUGAUAGGCCACACCUGGGCCAUCCUCAAACCCUCUAGGGGUAGCGAAAAGCUCCUGUUCGAGGUCGGCAGGAAGACGGAACCCACCUCAGACGCCGAGGCCGCAAAGGCCUUCAACGGUUACAGAAAGCUGCUUGCCACGUUCCAAUAUGGUGUGCAAGGAACCUGUUCUAGCAUGUUGGUAUCGGCGGCAGGAGCGACAUGGCCACCCAUGGGUAUCCCCUUGCCACCACCGCCUCGACAGCCGAUGCCAACCGCCGCGCCCAUCCGGUCGAUCUCUCGCGCUCUAUCCCCAUCCAAUCUCUACUUUGCCACAGGGGUUAUGUUUUAUUUCGUCGAUUUGUCCAUGGCGGCGCCGUCGCGGCCGGAGUUUUACGAAACGCCGUUACAUCUCUCGGAGCCGAUGUAGGCGGUGGAUGCGCUAGUUCUGUCAGCGCUUGCGACGUUGGCGAUCAGUGCGCCGCCGCUUGUCUUCGCGGUGGUGCAGGCUAAUUCCAGCUUGGGGACCAUGCCAGAAAUGUAUGGACGGGCUGCUUAUGCAUUGGCGCCGGACUGUAGUCCGGGGGCGGGUAAGAUUAUUAUUGUUGGGUGAGAGGAUAUCUUGAAGCUUUGUUGUUUGCAGUAUGUUUGUGAGGGGGAAUAAGCGGCUUUAGCAUGAGAAUGGUGCCAGGGAGUCUUUUGUCUUUUCGUCUUCCUCAGGAUCUUCAAAUACACACUAGUGUGGAUUGUAUGGCAUAUUAUUUUCUUUUGUUUAUCAGCCUGCAUUUUUGGGUUGUUAAAAAGGCCUUUUCAACAUUUGUGGUUUUAAUAAUAUGUCCUUUUUCCUCUCCUGACCGAAAUUUUAAAGUCUCUGUACAAGAUCACUUUCUUUGACGUUUUGUAACCAUAUCCAUGGGUUGCCUUUAUGAAUCAGUGUUUCGUUGCCGCAGCUCCAGGGGGGGGAGGGGUGUUGGUUCCCCUGUAACUAGGCUGUAGGAUUUAAAUACAUGAACAAGGCUGGCUGACAUGGGUAGCUCUGCAGUAAGCACUAGCCAAAUGCAUAAGUUAUAUAAAUUGUAAUAUAUUCCAUGAUGCCUGCUUUAGUUGAAC